GGAAUUUAGGAUCAUUGUUCGUUUAAAGUACCUACUACUUCUUGUGAUUAUAUCUAUUUAGUAUUUACUUAGUGUUUACGUUUAUUGUAAAAAUUGUGCAAGGGACUUAACGCGUUACGAACACGAAUGUCGGAUGUUCAAUUUGUUAACCAUUUUAAUAUAACGCUUAUAAUUUUAUAAUCAUUUUUCAUAGUAACACAUUAAUAUGCAAUUUCGACCAUGUUAAAAGCGAUGUGAGUGUUUUUUUUUUUUUAUCUUAGACACGUUUGUAUUUAAUAUAAAUCUGUCAUUAGUUUCUAAAACCAUAAUUAAUAACACACAAAUAAUGUUGUUAACAAGUACAAUCAAUGUUGUACUAUUUUUGGUUUGCUUGUUUGGUUUAGAAGUACAUUCAGUUGAUCGCAGUAAUUUUAAAACAUGCGAGCAAAGUAAUUUUUGUAAACGAUGUCGCUCUAUGGACAAAAACCAAAAUUCUGUUUUUGAAUUGAAACCUGAUAGUAUGAUAUUAACUGAAAAAUAUUUCGAAGCCCUCAUUUUAAAUAAGAACUAUGAAGAUGUUUCAUUACGAAUGCGAUUGGACGGCCUUAAAGAUAGUAUACUGCGUCUUCGUAUUAAUAAAGAUGGUUAUCAAAUGCAUAAGAGAUUUCAACCGGUGCAUGCUCUAGUAACUGAACCUAUUACUGAACCAAUGACCAUGGCUCGAAAUUCAUCAACCAUAGAAUUGGAAUUGAGUACAAACAUUAAAAUGUACAUCACCAUUGCCCCAUUUAAAUUGGAUGUUUUUUUUAACAAUGAAUUAACCAUUGGUGUAAACCAUGAUAAUCUAAUGCAAUUUGAACAUUUUCGAUCCAAACCGGAAUCUAUUCCAGACAACGAAAUAGGAUCAUGGGAAGAGUACUUUAAGGAGCAUCAAGAUUCUAAACCUCGUGGACCGUCUGCAGUAGCUAUGGAUUUUAAAUUAUAUACCUCUACUUCUCUCUAUGGAUUACCUGAGCAUGCAGAUAACUUAGCUCUUAAAGGUACUUAUGGAAAUGAGCCUUAUCGGUUUUAUAACUUAGAUGUUUUCGAAUAUGAAUUAUACAAUGGAAUGGCUCUCUAUGGAGCUGUUCCGUUUUUGAUGGGACAUGGGAAAAAAAACAGUGUUGGAGUUUUUUGGUUGAAUGCUGCUGAAACAUGGGUAGAUAUUGCAGGUGUAAAAGAAAACUCUGAACAUACUUCAGUUGUGGAAUCAAUAGUAAAUUUAGUUUCUGGAUCUACUGCAGAAAAAGAUGUCCCCAAGGCUCAUUUUAUGUCAGAGUGUGGAAUUAUUGAUUUUUUCAUUAUGUUGGGACCUAGACCUCUAGAUGUGACCAGGCAAUAUUCUUCACUUACUGGAACAGCUCCAUUACCUCCUUUGUACUCUUUGGCUUACCAUCAAUGUCGAUGGAAUUAUAAUGAUCAAAAAGAUGUACACACCGUAGAAACAAAUUUUGACGUUUACGAUAUUCCCAUGGACGUAAUGUGGUUAGAUAUUGAGUAUACAGACGGUAAAAAAUAUUUUACAUGGGAUCCAAUAAAAUUUUCUGAUCCUUUAGAAAUGGUGAACAAUUUAACAAGUAAAGGAAGAAAAUUGGUAACAAUUAUUGAUCCACAUAUUAAACGUGAUACCAAUUAUUUUUUCCAUAAUGAUGCUCUUAGUAAUGAUUAUUAUGUAAAGAAUAAGGACGGAAAUGUUUAUGAAGGUUGGUGUUGGCCAGGAUCUUCCAGUUAUUUGGAUUUUAUGAACCCCAGAGCAAUAGAGUAUUAUGUUUCUCGUUAUUCCUAUGAUAAUUUUGUUGGUCCAACUGAUGGUAUUGCUAUUUGGAAUGAUAUGAAUGAACCUUCUGUAUUUAAUGGACCUGAAGUGACAAUGCCAAAAGAUUGUAUUCAUCAUGGCGAUCUUGAACAUAGAGAUAUACAUAACAUUUACGGAUUAAUGCAAGUGUUGAGUACAUAUGAAGGUCUACUAGCACGAUCAAGUGGUAAAAAACGACCUUUUAUUUUAACCCGGUCCCAUUUUGCUGGUACUCAACGGUUUGCUGCUGUAUGGACUGGUGAUAAUAUGGCUGAAUGGAGUCAUUUAAAAAUAUCAAUUCCUAUGUGUUUGUCAUUAGCAAUUUCUGGCAUAUCAUUUUGUGGUGCUGAUGUAGGAGGUUUUUUCAAUAACCCUGAUAAAGAAUUAAUAAUCCGCUGGUAUCAAACUGGAGCUUAUUUACCAUUCUUCAGAGGUCAUGCACACAUAGACACUAAGCGUCGAGAACCAUGGUUAUUUGAUAAGCAAACUACACUUUUGAUUCGUGAUGCUAUUAGAACAAGGUAUUCUCUGCUACCUUUAUGGUACUCAAUAUUUAGAGAUCAUGAAUUGACUGGCUUUCCAGUUAUACGACCUUUAUUUUUUGAGUUUCCCUUUGAAGAACAACUCAAUAAUAUUGAUAGCGAAUUUAUGGUUGGCAAUAUUUUGUUAGUUUGCCCUGUUUUAGAACAAAACGUUCAAGAGCUGACUUGUUAUUUCCCUGGUCAUGAGGAAAUUUGGUAUGAUCGAGAUACUUACCAGCCCAUCAAAACAAACGGACUGGCAAAAAUACAAGCGCCUAUUAAUAAGGUGCCUGUUUAUCAACGAGGAGGUACAAUUGUUCCUAUUAAACAAAGAGUUCGUAGAUCAUCAGUUUUAAUGAGAGAUGAUCCAUACACAUUGAUCGUAGCAAUCGAUCAUAAAGGUUUUGCUAAGGGAUCUUUGUAUAUUGAUGAUGAAGAAACUUUUGAAUAUCGUGAUGGUAACUUUGCAUACAUAAUAUAUGAAUACAUCAAUAAUCAAAUGAUCUCAAAAUGUUUGCACAAUGAGGGUUUUAAUACCAAGUCAUGGGUAGAAAAAGUUAUGAUUGUUGGUAUUCCUUCUGUAUUCACCAAAGCUACUGUGCAUGUCGAUGGCAGCAAUUCAUUUGAGUCAAUUGUUUCAUACAACACAAAUAAUCAAGUUCUUACUAUACGGAAACCUGCAAUUGGAAUAGCUCAAAAUUGGACCAUAACUCUACUUUAAUAUAUUUUAAUAUGUAAUUGAAUAAUUGUGUAUUAAUCAAUUAUAAUUUUUAAGUAUUUAUUUUAUAUAGUGGUAUGAAGCAUAGAAAAUUUUCAUUUCUAAAUGAUUUUGAAUAAACAAUUCUUAUUAGUAAUUAAAAAUAAAAUGAUUAUCAAUUUUAGAAAA